UAUUUAUUUCUAGUUCCACCUAAAAUUACUCCAUUCAGCUUUCCAGAAAAUGCAGAAGAAGGAAUGAGAGCAAGUGUAUCUUGUAGUGUGCCUGUAGGAGAUCCACCUAUUAGUAUUUUAUGGUUGAAAGAUGGCCUGCCAAUAUCUACCGAUGUAAGGAUAUCGUUAGAACUAAUAGACGACUUUGUGUCAACAUUAGUGUUCAAAUCCCUGACACAAGAACAUAGUGGCACUUACACAUGUGUGGCAUCCAAUGAUGCUGCAACAGUAAAUUUUACCGUGCCAUUAUCAGUUAGUGCUGCACCCAAGUGGAAAAUUGAACCAAUUGAUAAAUCAGCAGUAGUUGGACAUUCUCUUCUCUUAGACUGCAUGGCUAUAGGAAGACCAGAACCUCGAGUUGUUUGGAAAAGGGCAGAAGAAUCGUCAUCAAUCGAGUACCGGACUGUAAUCAGUGGUUCAAGAGUUCAAUCAUUGGUCAAUGGAUCACUAUAUUUUCGAGAAAUUGAACAAGAAGAUGAUGGAAGAUACAUGUGUGAAGCGAGUAACGGUGUAGGAUCUGCACUCAGUACAGUCGUAAAACUUACUGUUAAUGUUCCCGCUUAUUUCAAGCAGAAAUUUCAAGCAUCCGUAAUACAGAAAGGACAAUCUACAGAAUUAAAAUGUGAAGCAUUUGGUGAAAGACCCGUGUCGUUUGUAUGGAUGAAAGAUAGACAACUAAUCGAUUCAUCGACUCCUAGUAUUGUCUUACAAGAGCAACUACUUAAAGAGAGCCAAAUAUCGGAACUUCGGUUCAUCUCGACAAGGAGACAGGAUACAGCUCUGUACACUUGUAUGGCAUCAAAUCCUUAUGGACAAGACGAGACAAGCAUCCAAUUGACCGUCUUAGAAAAUAUUGUCUUACAAGAGCAACUACUUAAAGAGAGCCAAAUAUCGGAACUUCGGUUCAUCUCGACAAGGAGACAGGAUACAGCUCUGUACACUUGUAUGGCAUCAAAUCCUUAUGGACAAGACGAGACAAGCAUCCAAUUGACCGUCUUAGAUAAACCAGAUCCUCCUAAAGAUAUAGAAGCUUACGAUAUUCACGGAAGGAGCAUUAGUUUGAAAUGGAAUAAACCAUACAAUGGAAAUAAUCCAAUAACUCGAUAUAUAGUUGAAUACAAAGAAUCUACUGGUGAUUGGAGUAACGCUGAAAGGGAAAUAUAUGUCGAUGGAGAUCAGACUAAAGUAAAUAUCCCUCAUCUAAUCCCUUUAGUUCGUUACAACUUCCGUUUAUCUUCCGAAAAUAGAUUAGGAAGAAGUCAAUUUAGCGAAAUUUUAACAGUUAUUACCGAUGGAGAAGCACCUGGAGGAUCACCCGUUAAAGUACACGCAACUCCUAUAGGGUCGAGUAGGUUGCACGUUACUUGGCAGGCUCCAGUGUCAAUUCUUCAUUAUGGUCUACUUAAAGGCUAUCAUGUCGGUUAUAAAGCAUAUAAUGCUCCUGAUGAUACUCCAUUUACAUAUAAAACUGUAGAAGAGGUUGAAUCAUACGAGAAGAGUUGCGAGAUUAGAAACUUAAAAAGAGCUACAAAAUAUAGGAUUGUAGUCCAGGCUUUUAACGAUAGAGGAGCUGGACCACAUUCCGAUGAGGUUAUAGUCCAAACACUAGAAUUUGAUCCUCCGCAAACCCCUUCAUUAAAAGUAGAUUCUGUCACUUCUUCCACUAUACUUUUAACAUGGGAAUCGAUAUUUGACAAUGAAAAUCCAGUAUCUGGAUUUAUUAUUAACUGGAGGAAAGACGGUGAUGAAUGGACAGAACUUCAACUGAGUAGAGAUCAGAUUAGUCAUUUGUUGACUGGUCUAAAGUGUGGAACGAAUUAUCAAUUUUUCAUUACUUCUUAUAAUAAUGUCGGAAAAGGAGAGCCUAGUGAUAUUGUUUCUGGAAGAACUGAGGGAUCAGAUAAACCAGAUCCUCCUAAAGAUAUAGAAGCUUACGAUAUUCACGGAAGGAGCAUUAGUUUGAAAUGGAAUAAACCAUACAAUGGAAAUAAUCCAAUAACUCGAUAUAUAGUUGAAUACAAAGAAUCUACUGGUGAUUGGAGUAACGCUGAAAGGGAAAUAUAUGUCGAUGGAGAUCAGACUAAAGUAAAUAUCCCUCAUCUAAUCCCUUUAGUUCGUUACAACUUCCGUUUAUCUUCCGAAAAUAGAUUAGGAAGAAGUCAAUUUAGCGAAAUUUUAACAGUUAUUACCGAUGGAGAAGCACCUGGAGGAUCACCCGUUAAAGUACACGCAACUCCUAUAGGGUCGAGUAGGUUGCACGUUACUUGGCAGGCUCCAGUGUCAAUUCUUCAUUAUGGUCUACUUAAAGGCUAUCAUGUCGGUUAUAAAGCAUAUAAUGCUCCUGAUGAUACUCCAUUUACAUAUAAAACUGUAGAAGAGGUUGAAUCAUACGAGAAGAGUUGCGAGAUUAGAAACUUAAAAAGAGCUACAAAAUAUAGGAUUGUAGUCCAGGCUUUUAACGAUAGAGGAGCUGGACCACAUUCCGAUGAGGUUAUAGUCCAAACACUAGAAUUUGAUCCUCCGCAAACCCCUUCAUUAAAAGUAGAUUCUGUCACUUCUUCCACUAUACUUUUAACAUGGGAAUCGAUAUUUGACAAUGAAAAUCCAGUAUCUGGAUUUAUUAUUAACUGGAGGAAAGACGGUGAUGAAUGGACAGAACUUCAACUGAGUAGAGAUCAGAUUAGUCAUUUGUUGACUGGUCUAAAGUGUGGAACGAAUUAUCAAUUUUUCAUUACUUCUUAUAAUAAUGUCGGAAAAGGAGAGCCUAGUGAUAUUGUUUCUGGAAGAACUGAGGGAUCAGCACCGAUAGCUCCAACAACACAAAGCUGGAUAAAUAGAAAUGCUACAAGUAUCAUUCUUCGAUUAUCUUCUUGGAGAAACGGAGGAUGCCCUAUAGAAUUCUUUGUAGUUCAAUAUAAACCACAAAGACAACAAGAAUGGAUUCUUAUCUCCUCUCAAAUUCAUUCUGACCAAGAAAAAGUAGUGAUAUCUGAUUUGGCACCUGGAACCUGGUAUAACAUAUUGGUGUCGGCGCACAACGUUGUAGGUGUGAAAGAAGCCGAUUAUCUAGUAUCGACUCUUACUGUGACAGGAGCAACCGUGCAACCGGAUAAUCUAACAGAUCCUUCGAGAAGAUACAGAAGUCUUUCUUUCAUCGUGCCAAUAUGCUGUGCUGCUGUUGUUUUGGUGGCUGUAUCUGUUGCUGUUUUUUUAUUGAUAUGCAGGAAACGUAGUCCAAGAAUGACAAAUCUCUAUGAAGGUGUUCGCCAUUCUGAAGAUCCAAAAACUGAUGCACUAGCGAUGGGAGAAUUAGAGAAAACUUACGAUCAAAAUAGGGAAUCUAUUUACUUUCCAACACCUUAUGCUACUAGUAACAUCCCUUUUGCUGGAAGAGAUGAUGGAAGAGUCGAUGGAGAUAGAUGUAGAAGUUUGAACAGACCAAACAUCAGAGGAAAUGAGCAUCUUUAUGACAUACCCCAACCCCUUCGUGAUGAUAUAAAACAUGAAAAACAUGAUAAAUCUAAACAGAAUCGAGAAUACGAAGAAGGUGAUGCUAGAUAUGGAUUUACAGAUGUAAUGCAUCAUGAUAGACCUCACUCCACUCCAUCUGCAAGUUGCGCUCAGUACAGCAAAAUAUUAAAUGGAAAUAGAUGGUCCAUUCCUGAAAGUAAUGAUAGAAUUUUUGAGCGUUUAUUGUGUCUGAAUGAUAUUGAUCCAUUAAAAAUUGAAUUUUCAGCAACCGUGCAACCGGAUAAUCUAACAGAUCCUUCGAGAAGAUACAGAAGUCUUUCUUUCAUCGUGCCAAUAUGCUGUGCUGCUGUUGUUUUGGUGGCUGUAUCUGUUGCUGUUUUUUUAUUGAUAUGCAGGAAACGUAGUCCAAGAAUGACAAAUCUCUAUGAAGGUGUUCGCCAUUCUGAAGAUCCAAAAACUGAUGCACUAGCGAUGGGAGAAUUAGAGAAAACUUACGAUCAAAAUAGGGAAUCUAUUUACUUUCCAACACCUUAUGCUACUAGUAACAUCCCUUUUGCUGGAAGAGAUGAUGGAAGAGUCGAUGGAGAUAGAUGUAGAAGUUUGAACAGACCAAACAUCAGAGGAAAUGAGCAUCUUUAUGACAUACCCCAACCCCUUCGUGAUGAUAUAAAACAUGAAAAACAUGAUAAAUCUAAACAGAAUCGAGAAUACGAAGAAGGUGAUGCUAGAUAUGGAUUUACAGAUGUAAUGCAUCAUGAUAGACCUCACUCCACUCCAUCUGCAAGUUGCGCUCAGUACAGCAAAAUAUUAAAUGGAAAUAGAUGGUCCAUUCCUGAAAGUAAUGAUAGAUGGCAGAGCAUUAAAGAAGAGAUACCCGUUACGCAUCAUCCCCUUCUCGUGGAUGGAAGUGAACUUUCUGACGCUGAAUGUGAUCGAGAAUAUAAGUUUUCAUCAGGAAAUGGUAUAAAAACAACAGUAUUGCUACAGUCCAAUUGGUAAUUUUGAAGUCCAAGAGAUCUUAUCAAGACGUCCAGAAGAAGAAAGUUCAUUUCUUUUUUUCCAGAAGGAUCAUUUAAUUAUGAAUGUAAUUGGAUUAAUGUGAAAAUAAAUUAGUAUCUUUACUCUUCAUCUGUAACAUCUGUCAAAUUUUAAUCGCAUACCCCAAUAUGUACAGAUGUAAAUUGUGUUUCAAAUUCAAAAAAAAAACUGUGAAUAAAUGCGUAGAUUUUAUAGAAAAUUAUGUUUAUCGAUUGCUUAUAUAUAUAAAAAUUUAUCAAAUAAAUUAAAUUAUUUAUU